UGGGCUUUGGACUCUCCACGUACGGACAGUCGUUUUCUUCCCGCCACGAACAAACCAUCUAUUUACCAUUAUUGCCACUCAAAUGGAUAACGGAAAGAUAAAAUCGCCGAGCACACAGUGAUGAUAGCUUCAACUCACUCAAGCCAUGGCCGCUCUCUCAAAUUCAAUCGGCCUCGCCACUUCUAUUCCAUUCCUCCGUACUACAUCUCCCAAUCCUACUCGCUUCAGACCCACCAGAAUUUCCUGCGUUGCAUGGGACCCAGAGGGCAUUUUAGGGCCUCCACAAACGGGCCACCUCGCUAGGGUGGAGUUCAAGAGACGGCUUGAGAAGGAUGCCGAAGCUCGGGAAGCUUUUGAACAACAAGUUCUUGAAGAGAAAGCUCGCCGUGCAGCUCUCCGUCAAUCUCGUGUGGCCCCUGAUUCUGCCGCUGGGCUUAUUGAGUACUUUCUUGAUACUGAAGCACAAGACAUCGAGUUCGAGAUCGCAAGGUUGAGGCCAAGAUUGACGAAGGAAUUUUUUUCACAUGUACAACUAGAGUUGGGUCAACUUCGGUUUGCAGUUCCUAAAACUGAGGCUAUGGAAGAUAGAUUAAUCGAGCUGGAAGCUUUGCAGAAAGCUCUGCAGGAAGGAACAGAGGCAUAUGAUAAAAUGCAAACUGACAUUGUAAAAGCUAGGGAAAACCUAACAAAAAUUUUGACAUCAAGGGAUGUAAAAGCAACUUUACUGGAGAUGGUCGAGCAGAAUGCACUUAAUAGAUCCUUAUUGACUCUUCUUGAUGAGAACAUAGCAAAUGCGCACAGCGGGGACCAGAAACAAGCAGCAGAGUUCAUGGAAAAAGUUAGGGGAGCGGUUCUUAAGUACAUGACAGUUUAAUUAGUUUACAGGCCAGCAACUGUGAAUUUGGAACACUGUGAAAGUUAUGCUUCAAUCAAUUUGAUGUUCUUUCCAAAUAAAAAAAACAAUUUAGUGUAAUGAUAUAUAAUAUUUUUUUAGAGGAAAAUAAAUUAUUAUUAUUAUUAUUA